GACUGUCAGGGCCCUCUUGGAGAAAAGGCAGCCGCCCUCCCCCUCUCUGAAUGGAAUGGGACCUGAGGCCUCUUCAGGCCCUUCCCGCAGCAGGGCCAUGCUCACAUUCAUGGCCUCUGACAGUGAGGAAGACGUGUGUGACGAACGAACCUCCCUGAUGUCAGCCGAGAGCCCCACUGUGCGUGCCUGCCAGGAGGGUGGCCAGGACCCCGAGGAGGAGGAGAAUGCUGCUCAGUGGAGAAGCCAGGAGAGUGAAGAGGAUCAUGAGGAGGACCCCGACCACUAUGUCUGCAGUGGGGUCCCCGGGCGACUCCCAGGCCUGGAGGAGGAGCUGACCCUCAAGUAUGGGGCGAAGCAUGUGAUCAUGCUGUUUGUGCCCGUCACACUGUGCAUGAUCGUGGUGGUGGCCACCAUCAAGUCGGUGCGCUUCUACACGGAGAAGAAUGGACAGCUGCGCCUCCACCAGCAGCUCCCUCAGGGUGGGGAGCACACAGAGCAGGCAGGAGUGGAUUCUGUAGCCCUUGCCUUCUUCAGCAUCUACACCCCGUUCACCGAGGACACGCCCUCCGUGGGCCAGCGCCUGCUCAACUCUGUGCUCAACACCCUCAUCAUGAUCAGCGUCAUCGUGGUCAUGACAAUCUUCCUGGUCGUGCUCUACAAGUACCGCUGCUACAAGUUUAUCCACGGCUGGCUGAUCAUGUCAUCUCUGAUGUUGCUGUUCCUCUUCACCUACAUCUACCUCGGUGGGGCUGGGCUUUGGUCUUGCAGGGAAGUGCUCAAAACUUACAACGUGGCCAUGGACUACCCCACGCUCUUCCUGACUGUGUGGAACUUUGGGGCAGUGGGCAUGGUAUGCAUCCACUGGAAGGGCCCCCUGGUGCUGCAGCAGGCCUACCUUAUUAUGAUCAGCGCGCUCAUGGCCUUGGUGUUUAUCAAGUACCUGCCGGAGUGGUCUGCCUGGGUCAUCCUGGGUGCCAUCUCUGUAUACGAUCUUGUGGCUGUGCUGUGCCCCAAAGGGCCACUGAGAAUGCUGGUGGAAACUGCCCAGGAGAGAAAUGAGCCCAUCUUUCCUGCCCUGAUCUACUCAUCUGCCAUGGUGUGGACGGUGGGCAUGGCCAAGUUGGAUCCCUCCUCUCAGGGAGCUCUGCAGCUGCCCUAUGACCCAGAGAUGGAAGACUCCUAUGACAGCUUCGGGGAUCCUUCAUACCCCGAAGUCUUUGAGCCCCCCUUGCCUGGCUACCCUGGGGAGGAGCUGGAGGAGGAGGAGGAAAGAGGGGUGAAGCUCGGCCUUGGAGACUUCAUCUUCUACAGUGUGCUGGUGGGCAAAGCGGCGGCCACGGGCAGUGGGGACUGGAACACCACGCUAGCCUGCUUCGUGGCCAUCCUCAUCGGUUUGUGCCUGACGCUCCUGCUGCUGGCGGUGUUCAAGAAGGCACUGCCUGCCCUCCCCAUCUCCAUAACGUUCGGGCUCAUCUUCUACUUCUCCACAGACAACCUGGUGCGCCCUUUCAUGGACACCCUGGCCUCCCACCAGCUCUAUAUCUGAGGGGCUGUGUGGGCUGGAUGCUGUAGGACAUUUUCAACAAACGCAGUUGUAUAGUUUUACACACUAGUGCCAUAUCCAUAUAUAUUUUUGAGACUUUUUUUUCCUUGAAAAACAAAUGAGAAUUAAAAAAAAAAAAGUGUUGUGUUUACUUGGUGAAAAGGAAGGACCAGCUUUUUGGUGCUAGUUGUUUGGUCACCAGACUGUGGCUCACCCAUCAUGAGCACUGGCUUCACCAACAGGAAACAGGAAGUGGAUCAGUGGAUCCAGGUGAACUGUGUGGAGAAGGCGGCCCACAAGGCUUUAAGGGCCAGGAUGGAAGGAAAGUGUGCAGACUCUCAAGGCUGAUAUUUCAGGCCCUUAUGGCACUUAGCACCUUGUUACUCUGGCCAGAGGAGAGAAGCCAGUUCUCUUUGUGGGUGGAAUGUCCCCAAUGCUUUCUCAGUGAUGUCACCAUUAUUUUAUGACCUUUAGAAACUGAAUCCUAGUCUUCUUCCAGCAGUGGCUGCUGGGAAGUGGCUUCACAUUAAUAUCAAUAAACAGAUGAAUCCUGUUGUAA